AUGCCGACGAGGUUAGCCCCGCGUCCCAGUCGUUCCCGCCGUAGUGGGAACCUUGCGGGCAUGGGGGCGGUGUCCACUACCUCGUCUCUGCCGGAUGUGACCCACCGCGGCGGUACUCCGCUGCCGGCGGAUGUUGUCGCCUCCACCUUCGCGAACGCAGACCUCCGUGUGUCCCGCGCCGCCGUGGCGGAGUACUCGGAGCGCUGCGAUGCACUUUCCCGCGCGAAUGCGGAGCUGCGGGCGGCCCUCGAGCGGCAGGAGCGGGACUCCAUUCAAGUGGUGGAGCGGCUGGAGGGCGAUCUCCGGGCGGCGCGGGCGGAGGCGGCGGGGCAGCGGGCGGAGGUGCAGCGGCUCCUCGCGGAGGCCUCCACGUCGGCCGCGGCGCUGCGCGAGGAGUACGAGCGGGCCAUCGCCGAGCGCGACGAACAACUCGCGGCCCUCGGGGCGGUCGCCCGGCGGCUGCAGACGGCGGCCUCCGCCUCCGGCCACGGGCGGGCUGCGGCGGCGGCGGCGGAACGCGAACGGCUUCGGGCCGCAUUGGACGAGGCGGUCGCCGCACACGACGCGGAACUCGCCGCCCUGCGAUUUCAGACAGUGGACCGUAAAGUACGCCUCAUCGCACUAGAGUCCGCCAUGCGGGAGGAGUUUAGACAACAUGUGGAGGAGGCAGCAGGGAAGUUGCUGGAGCAGCGAAGCGCAGCCCUCAUUCAGGAUCACGCCGCCCUCAUGGAAGAACGAGAACGCCUCACGUACGAUAUUGAAGAACUCGUCCGACUCACCACCGCUCAGCAUGAGGAAGGGGCAGGAGUACGACGUCGUGGGGAACUCCAGGAACACGCAUGUACAGAGGCACUACGACGUAUCGUCCACGGAAAUCAACGUGCACGUGAAGCCGCCGUAAAGACACAACAGUUAGAGAGUCGUGUGAAGGAGCUACUUCAUGAGAAUCGUACCAUCCGUAAUGAUCUUGCUCGUCAAUAUGAGAAACAAAUAGAAACACUAGAGAAAACCCUGGCUGAGACCCGUGCUUCGCUUCAAACUCACCGAACCGAAUUGCAGCGUAUGCGUCAAAUAGCUUCUACUGUUGUAGCACAGCGUUCAGAUCUUGAACGUUUCUUCUACGUUGCAUUAAAGGAUGUACGUCGCAUGCGAGCUGGAACAUCACAUCAUGCUAGGUCUACCCCAGUUCCUGGUCGCCCGCUCCCACAACAUCGACAGCCACAACAGCAGCAUAAACAAAUCACCUCAACUUCGUCUUUAUCACCGUCACCACCAGCAGUACCGCAGAAGCCAUCAUCUAUUCAUAACGUGGAAAUGAGGAAUGUCAAUAGCAGUGGGUUUCGCCCACAACAACAACAACAACAUCAACAACAAGAGAAAGAGGAACAACAACAAUCUUCAAAAUCUCAUACUGUGGCUUCUACAGGGCAGGGUUUGGGAGGUGCUGCAACAUUCCUUACAGAAUCUCGCACAAGUCUUCUCACUUCUUCAACAGUUCCCACCCCAGUUACUGGUCCAGCAGUUGUUGUUGCACCAACAGCACAGUCUUUAGAACCCCAUCGGCGACGUGUAGGUAGUGGAUUGAAACUGUCAAAAGAAGUUGCUAUCAACGCCGGUACUACCACUGGCGGAUGUUUUAACAAGACUAUUAACAACAAUAGCAAUAAUGUCUUGAAUGUAGAUCUCGGAGAGAGUGGCGAUGGGGCAUACUUAGACGAUCUCUCGUGGGAGGAUAAGGAGAAGAUAAUUAAGGCGUUACUCUUCUUUAUCAACCAAACAUGUUAUCAACGUCUUCCGGGGAACCAAGUCGUGGCGAGUGACGUAGAGUGA